AUGGUUGUCAUAAAUACUGAUAUUUGUAAGUUUUGUCAGGUUGAUGAUUCUGAUAAAAAUCUGUGGGUACAAUGUGAAUUGUGUCCUCAAUGGGUUCAUGUUUUAUGCAUCCCAUUGAAUUGCAUAUAUCUUGAUAAUGAUACUGCUGUCAGUGCGAGAGUAUAUCCAAAUUCUGAUAAAGAUAUUAAUAAAUUUAUUUGUGAUGCCCAUGGGUCCAAUGAACGGUUAAUAUUGAAGAGUAGAGGUGAGAAAAGAAACAUUGAUCAAAUUUCUAGUGACCCUCAUGGAGAUAAUGAUAAUAAUUCUAAGAAAUAUAAUUUGAGAAGAGGAAAGAAAAUUGAUUAUAUUUCUUUGAAUGAAGGGGAACAGAAGAAAUUGAAAAAUGUACAUCCUCAUUUAGCAAACUUCCAAAAAUGUUUUAAAAAAUGGGAAAAUACAAAAAAUAUUAUCGAUUCUAAAAAAUUUGAAAGUGAUUUUAAUUCAAUUAAAGAACCUUUUAAAAUAACAGAUCCCGAACUUUCAGGAAUGGAAUUACCAUUACCCAUAGGAUCGGAUAAAGAUGUAGAAUUGACCGUUCGUGAUGUUACAUAUUCAGUCGGCGCAGAUUCUGACGUUAACGUAAUGGAUGUCUUAAAUCAACAAAAUGAAAAAUGGACUUUAGGAAAGUGGAAUAGAUACUUUAGUGAUACGUUACCUGAAGAUAGAGAGAGGUUGAAAAAUGUAAUAUCGCUUGAAGUCUCUCAUGUGAAGAAUUUUCCAAUUGAAAGGCCUAGAGCUGUUAAUGAAAAUGAUUUGGUUGAUAAAGUUUGGAAUAAGUACGGAGAUCUUCAGCUAGAUGGCCCAGAACCUAAAGUCAAAAAAUAUGUUUUGAUGUCUGUAGGAAACGCAUAUACAGACUUCCAUCUAGAUUUUGCAGGAACUUCAGUCUAUUAUAGAGUCAUCUCUGGCCAAAAACAAUUUAUUUUAUUUCCACCUACUGAAUCAAACUUACAAAAAUAUGUUAAUUGGUGUUCUAUGUAUGAACAAAGUGAAGUAUUCUUAGGUGAUCAAUUGGAAGAUGGUAUCGCUAUGCAGUUAGAAGCUGGAGAUUUGUUUAUGAUCCCUUGCGGUUACAUUCAUGUCGUAUACACGCCGAAGGAUUCUCUUGUCAUAGGAGGAAACUUCCUGACUGCUAGAGACAUUGCAACACAAUUGAAGAUUGUGGAUAUCGAAAGAAUAACUAAGGUACCCAAAAGGUUCACUUUCCCAAAAUUCGAUCUUGUGAUGUGCAAGACUGGCGAGUGGUUGCUUGAUGACGAAAAUACAGACAAAACAAAGAGUUCUAUUGAUAAAGAAACAAUUAAAUCGUUAACUAACCAUCUGAAGAACUCAUCGGUAAAGUAUAAAUCUUAUAGAUUCCCAUCUAAAAGAUUACUAGUUAAUGAAUUACUGUCAUUAGUUAAUUCGUAA